UUAAACCACACCAAAAGAAGAAGAGUAGGAAGAAGAAGAAACCCGUUAGAUUCUCCGCCAUUACAGUCUUCUGCGGUUCGAUAUUGUCUUUCAGCUUUGGAAACGUAAAUGUACUUUUCUUUAGUAGUAUAUAAAUCAUCAUUAAAAUUAAUUAGUCAGUCACCGUCGGUAUAAAAACCUCUCUGCUUGUAUUCAGAGGGUCUGUUAACAGUCAUCGCUGUCGGUCGUGGGUGUGGUUCAGAAACAAACGAGUAUUAAUUAUAAUAUCCACUCAAAGCUGAUUUUGCUGGAACCUUCAACAUGAAAAGCACCUUCAAAAUCGGUCAGAUUUUUCUACUAAUGUGCGGUGUGUUUGGUGUUGAUGCAGAUGUAGUGAAGUCAGUGAUGGAGGGAGAUUCUGUCACUCUACGCCCUGAUCUUACUAAAAUACAGGGAUUUAUUCUGAUACUUUGGAGGUUUGGAGAGAAAGGUUCCACCAUUGCUCAAAUCGACGGGAAAGAGAUCUCAUAUCCUAAUCACACUGAGAUAUUCACAGACAGACUGCAGCUGGAUCAUCAGACUGGAUCUCUGACCAUCAAGAACAUGAGAACCAAACACACUGGACUUUAUAAACUACAGAUGGACCACACAACUGGGACCCAAUCUAAGCAGGAAUUCAGUGUUACUGUUUAUGAGCCUCCAUCUGUUAUUGCUGGGGCUGAAGCUGAAAUGAAGAUCGUGUCAGUGACGGAGGGAGAUCCUGUCACUCUUCAUGUUCCUCAACUACAAGGAAAUGAGCUGAUAGUGUGGAGGUUUGGAGAUGAAGGAAAACUCAUAGCUAAACAUGAUAUAGAGACCAAGAGCUCAUUAGUAUAUGAUAAUGAUGAGAGAUUCAGAGACAGACUGCAGCUGGAUCAGACUGGAUCUCUGAUCAUCACAAACACCAGAACCAUAGACUCUGGACUUUAUACAGUGAAGAUCAACAGCAACAAACAGACUUCAGACAAGAGAUUCAUUGUUACUGUCAGUGUACCAGGUCUGUCUCCAGCUGCUGUAGCAGGGAUAGUUGUUGUUGUUCUUCUGCUGGUGUCUGCAGCUGUAGCUGCUGGUGUGAUGUACUACUGUCGCCGCAGGACCACUAAUCUACCAAGCCAAACAUGGUCAGUGCCGGCGGGUGAUACUGUCACUCUAAACCCUGAGACUGAGAUACAGACCGGUGAUGAGAUACAGUGGCUGUUUGGAGCUGAAGACGCUCUCAUAGCUGAAACCAGAAGAGAGACCAGAGAGAUGAACACAUAUUGGGGUCCUGAUGAGAGAUUCAGAGACGGACUGAAGCUGGACAAGACGACUGGAUCACUGAUCAUCAAGCUCAUCGAUACUGAACACACUGGACUAUAUACUCUGAAGAUCAGAAGAGGCAGAGAAACCUUACACAAAAGAUUCAUGGUUUCUGUUGAACAGAGGAUAAGAUCAGUGAUGGAGGGAGAUCCUGUCACUCUAUACUCUGAUACUGUAAUACAGACAGGUGAUGAGAUGCAGUGGCUGUUUGAUGAUGAAGAGCAGCAGACUGUCUUGGCUGAAAUCAAGACCACAGAGGUGACUAAAUAUGAAGGUCCUGAUGAGAGAUUCAGAGACAGACUGGAGCUGAACAAGAAUACAGGAUCACUGACCGUCACAAAGUUCACAGCUGCACACGCUGGACUCUACACUCAGAAGAUCAGAAGACGCACAGAAACCUUAUACAACAGAUUAUUCAUUUAUGACGAAGAGAGGAAGAUAAUAGCGAUGGAGGGAAAAUCUGUCACUCUAAACCCUGCUACUGAAAUAAACAAAGAUGAUGUGAUACUGUGGCUGUUUAGAGAUGAAGAGCAGCAGACUCUUAUAGCUGAAAUCAAAGGAGAGACCAAAGUCUUUACACAUGAUGAUGCUGCUGGUGAGAGUUUCAGAGACAGACUGGAGCUGAACGAGACGACUGGAUCUCUGACCAUCAACAACACCAGAACUGCACACUCUGGACGCUAUCAUCUACAGAUCACAUCCAGCAGAGGGGUUUCAAAACAGACGUUUAUUGUCAUUGUUAAAGAUAAAGUGGAGAAGAAAUUACUGAACGAGGGAGAUUCUGUCACUCUAAACACUGAUACUGAAAUACAGAGAGAUGAUCAGAUCCUGUGGAUGUUAGGAGCUCAAGACGAUCUCAUCGCUCAAAUCAGAGGAGGGACUGUAGAGAUAUAUGAUGAUGGUGUUAAUAAGAGAUUCAGAGACAGACUGAAGCUGAACAAGACGACUGGAUCACUGACCAUCACAGACAUCAGAGCUGAACACACUGGACUUUAUAAACUAUUGACCAUCAGCAGCAGCAGAGGGAUCUUGUUCAAGAAAUUUAAGCUUUUAAUACACUUGGAGUAUGUGUCAGUGACUGCAGGAGAUUCUGUCACUCUACUCACUGGUCUUACCGGAAAACACACAGCUGAUGAGAUACAGUGGAGGUUUGGAGAUGAAAACUCUCUCAUAGCUGAAAUCAAAGGAGAGACCGUAGAGACACAUGAUGUUCCUGAUGAGAGAUUCAGAGACAAACUGAAGCUGAACAACACGACUGGAGAUCUGACCAUCAGUAACUCUACAGCUGAAUAUGCUGGAUGUUAUAAAGUGAAGAUCCACAGCAGUGAAGGAGACACAAGCAGGACGUACAGUGUUAAUAUCAGAGCGAGGAAGAAAUCAGAGACGAAGGAGAAGAAUGACUCCAGAGAGAACCGAGAGAAUGAAUCAGCGACUGUAGAGAUGCCGCUGUUGAAUGGAGAGGAUCUGGAUGAAGUGAAUGAGGAGGACUAUGUGAAUGUAAUGAAUGAUCAGGAGGGGACGAGUUCACUUUAAUAACAUAAGACCCGCCCACAAGUGUCAAUCAUUCUGACAUCAACAUUUCAGUUCCAGCUACAACAACAAAACAUUUUUAAUUUGAAAGAUGCUAUGUGUUAUUACUCUGACUCUGCCAACAAAUCUAAAAAUAUAUAUUUUCAACUUUUUUAUUUAGUUUGGCAAUUUUUAUACAAACAAAUGUAUGGGCUCAAUUCCUUCUUUCACAUUUUCUGAUCGAGGUUGACUCACUGCUCGUCUUUUUGUUUGACUGGCAAUAAAAAAUGUGUCAGGUUUUUGAAACUAUAUGAAAAAUUAAUUUCUAUCGACUCUAAGUUCAGACAGCUCUCUUUCGUUGCUCUUUAUUAUUAUUAUUAUUAUUAUAUUUUCCCUUUAUUGUAAGCUAUCUACCCCUUUAUUUUGUUUUAAUCUUCCUAAUUGUAUGUAUACAGUUAUUCUUACUUAUAUCCUCUUUUCUUUGAUAAUGUUCUCCUGAAAGUGUUUGUAUAUUUUCGUCUUUUUUUUUUUUUUAAGAAAAAAAAUCAAUUUGAUCACAUUUUUCUUCUUUUAUGAGUCUCUAGAAUCCGUCCAGUGAAAGUGAGAAAUGUUAAACUUGCAUGUACAAAGCUUCUUUGGUUUCAGACUGACCAAGAAACAUAUUUAUCAAACACUUUCAUGUCAUUUUAAUAAUGUUACGCUUCAUACCUGUUACUUUAUUAACAUAAUGCUACUUUGACUUUCACAGCUUUGAUUUCAUGUGAUUGUAGACAGUGAGAGUCAGAAAGUGUCAUAUAUGCUUUUAAUAAGACGUUUUAUCACAGCAGUGUUUCUCUGACCAUUGUAUUCACUGUUUUUAUAUAAUUAACACCAGUUCCAGAUUAAUGUUGAUGUUCAGCAUCGAUUACAGUCUGUUUCCAAAGAUCUGAAGCACUUGAAAUGAGCUUUAUUGCACUUGUAUCAAAAACAUGUAAAAUCACAUUUGUUCAGUUCUAGUAUUGAUGUGAUACCGCAUGUGUUGUGCUUUGUGUUGUUUUAUUAAAUUUGUCAAAAGCAUCUGCUCGAUGAAUGUUCAUGUUGGAUAUUGAUAUAUGGUUGGUCUUAAUGUUGGAUAAUUUCUGUCAUCUAGUGGACAAACACUGAUACAGAUGUUGCUUCCUAACAGCUGUUUUUAAAUGCAAUACAUUAACAAUGUGCCUAAAUAUACAUUUGUAUGUACUAAAUAUAAUAAAAAGACAAAUUGU